AAUUUGGUCUGUCUCGGGUUGCAACUUGUUCUCUCAGUGGCUUGUGCCCAGUUCACUGUACACUAAUUUUGGUUAAUUAUUAUGUUCAUGGCUGGUACGGGCAACGGGGGAUGCGGGGUUGGCCAGAGUCCAGGUUCUAGUUCUGGGUCCUGCAAUCCGCGAAAGUUUAGCGAGAAGAUAGCACUCCUCACUCAACGACAAGCGGAGGACACCGCAGCCUUUCAGGAGGUUAUGAUGGACAUCACUUCGACCAGGAUUCAAGUGCAGAGAGCACGGCAGUCUCGAAGCCUGGGGCCCUUCUAUGGAGGGUCCCUUCCCAAUGUCAACCAGAUUGGGAGAAGCACUUCAGAUGUACAGGGCCAGCUCUCCUGUAGUCCAGACAAUGGCUGCCCCACAAGACUUCUUCAUUCAAUGGCAGAGCGGACACAAGGAGAGGGGCGGCUCAGUUUCCCGGUCAGGCCAAACAGGAGACAUACCGACAACUCUCCCUACCGCUCACUUCACCUGUCUCCACCACCCGAACCCAGCUGGAGAAGGAACUGGUCAAGUAGCUCUCCUGUGGACAAAAUCCACCUGAUGCCCCCUUCCAUUACACAACUUAAUAGAACUAACUCUGACUCGGCCCUUCACACCAGUGUGAGAAACACCCACACAGGGGACCAGUUGAGCCCCAACCAGCAUGCUCUAAUGUCACGGAACAGGCACAGUGUUUUCCCAUAUCCAGUGCCCCCGAUUGAGGAGAAUGUCAUAGAAGAAGGGAACCCAUUAAGGAAUCCAACUAAGCAGGUUUCCACUGGAAUGAAAUCACACAAACUACCUGGUACAAAUGUCCUGUCUUUGCCAGAUCAACAGUACGGUGCUCUCCUUAACGUCCCUUCAGUUCUCAAUGGGAGUGGCUCCUUGCCUGACCUUUCCAGCCUGCACCUCCCAUCCCCACAGCCAACAGGUUUGGACUAUGACAAACACAGCCAUUCUAGUUGCCUAAUUACAGCCAGCAGCACCGGCCAACUAUCUGGAACUUCCUCUCACCUUGGAGCCAGUGAGGAUGAAUUCCCCUUGCCAGGUCUCCAAGGCUCAUUCAGUAACCCGUUGCUCCAGUCCUCCCACAGCAACCCAAAUAUUCUGUCCUCUCUUAGCAGCCACUCCCUUUCCAGCUCCCUAAGCUCCACCUCCUUGAACCUGUCACUCAGCAACCCUUCCCUCCAGUCAUCCCCUAGCAACCAAUCCCUGCAGUCGUUCCUCAGCAACUCUUCCCUAAGCGGCCAGUCUCUGCAGUCCGCCACCAGUCACUGUAGCUACAGCAGUGGGUUUAGCGGAUCUCGCUCUUGCUCCUCUUCUUCCCUAUCCUGCUCCCCGCGUCCAUCUAGCCAGGCGCAGGUGCCUUUGUCAAGGAGGCGGACUCCCCUUAGCCCACUGGUUCUCCCAACUGGCGGAGAGUCUCGCUGGCUCCAGUCGAAACAAUUUUCACCCGUUGGGUCUCCAACAUUAUCUUCCAUAACUCAGGGAGUUCUCCUGAACACCAACCAGUUACCAAAGGAGUCUCGGCCACCCGCCUAUCCUCAACGCCAAACUCAGCCGGAGUAUCGAGAUAUGCACGUAGGGCCGUCACAGCGGCAGCCUCCUCUGACGGAGGGCCUUCAGCAGCCCCGGCCGGAACACAAAGAACCGCCACCGCCACGAGGCGCGCUUUGGCAGCAACAAGACGUCUGCGUUCAGCAUCAGGUCCUGCAGACACACAGUGUCCCGGCACUGCAGUACCAACAGCAGCACCAGCACCCGAAUCAAUUACGCCAGUGCCAGUUCCAGCAAGUCCAGACGGAAGGUCAGGACCCGGACAUAAAACAGCAGAGGCAGAGACUGUCGAAUCACUGCGAGAACCCAGUGCAGCAAAAUCUACGACAGCCACAACAGCAGCAGCAUCAAAGACCACAACAUCAGAAACCGGUGUACCAGAACCUCCCCCACCAACAGCAGGAGACGCAACGGCCACAACACCAGCCCCACCCGCACCAGCACCAUCCACCUCAGCAGGCGUAUCAACCAGGUUACGGAAGACAGCCUCCGCAGCAGGCGUGCCAAAGACCGCCACGCCAAGCACUUCAGCAGGACGAGUUGCUGCAGGAGCAACUGCUCCAGCACUUUCAGCUCUGCCAACAGCAGCCGCACGAGCAACGCCGUCGGCAUCCCCACGGUGCGUGCCUGCCGGCUCGGAACCUCGACCUGAACGGGCAGAACAUUUCGAGCCCUCAGAUGGUUCCCACGAUGCAGGUGACCCGUAAGCAUCAGACCCAAGGCCGGGGAAGGAGCUCGGCGCAUCAGAAGGUGCAUGGUCAAAAGGACCAGAUUCAGUCGACGGAGAUCUCCUCACAGAUGAGCUCCUUCACGGACAACGACGAUGACUCUUCCGUUCUGGACCCUUUACAGCAUGAGUCGUACAUAGGCCUCCAUCUCACCCCCAGCCAAACCCAAGCACUCUCCCAGCAGCUGGGACAACUCAGCAAGGAGCCUCUGGCAAGUAAUUGUGGGGCUCAGUCUUUGGUGGGAAAGGAUGGAAGUAUUAACUGUGGGAAUUGGGCUCCGAAGAUGUCCCUCUACAGCCAGAACCAAAGCAGUGUUGACUGUCAUAGUGUACUUGUAACAGGCCAAACAACUUAUGAGGAUUUCUCAAGUGUUCUGCCUAUGCUAGGAUUUGAUGCAGACCCCUUCUCUUUGGAUAACCCCCUUCAGAUUGACCCCCUCGACCUGGAGGAGCUGAACAUGUUGGCAGAUGGAGACAUGAUCGACGACACUGUGAAAGGACACUGCUCUAACCUACUUAGGUGACCUAGGGAAUUGCAUGUCUUGGUGUCCUCUAUUGGCAGCAGUGCCAACUGAAGAUCGACUAUAGCCAAAUAUCUGUAUCAGGAUCUCUUGCCGUGGGAGAUAAUUCAAUUGGACAUUCAGAGGUUAUUUCUUCCAGCCUCCAUAUGAUUGGUCCAUGUCAUUUGACAAACAUGUGACAGCCUCACUUGACUUGCUAGCUGACUGCACUUUUUAAACUAAUUAUCGUAAAAUUUUUGCCUGCAAUGGAAAAUGCACUCCAAAAGCUGGCAUCCUCUGCACAUUAUUGUAAAGGUAGUAGAUUUAUAAUAUCUCCUGCACCUUAGUAUUAAUGUAGUUGAUAUAUACAGAUAUUUACAGGUAGUUUGUGUAAAACAUAAUAUUUUUGUAACUACAUUAAUUUUGUAAUAUUGAGGCACCAGCCCUUUUCGCUCUCUGGUAGAGAAGAAAAGUUAAAUAAAAAAGGAAUGUUAUCUUAAGCAAUGUAAACCACAUUGUGUAUAUAAAAUGUGGCCAAGAAACCAAUUAUAUCUAGAAGUUCUUAUUACUUCUUAAAGCUCUUAUGACAUUUAUGUCACUGUGUUAAAUAAAAGAAAAAGGAAACAGCUUGUCUAUCCCUUUAAGAAAAAGGCAGUGGUUGGGAUUAGGAUAGUUACCAUUCAGUGUAUUUCAUUUCAUGAGAUGUGAAUUAUAUGCUUGCAUAAUGA